AUGCCCCUGAAUGGGACCAGCCGUUAUGCCCAUAUGCGAACCCCAGCAUGGCUCAAUCCAUCCCCUCAACCACCAUCAGAUGCACAGAAAGAACGGCGCCGAUCGAAUGAUGCGCUGCUUAGCGACCCUAGUUCCGACAUCCUCAUCGACUUCAACUCGCAUCAAGGUUUCUACGAAGCGGCAAAGAAGAAGAAAACAAAAACACCUUCUGCUCCUCCUCCACCACCGCCGCCGCCUGCGGCUCCACCAGCAGACGACGGUCAAAAGGAUGACAAUGCCGGAGGAGAUGGAGGAGCCAGUGGAGGAGACGCUGCAGGCGGCGCCGGCGACGGAAAUGGUGAUGGCAACAGCAACUCGCCCCCAAAGCCUCCCACAACAUUCGAGAAUAUCAAUCUUGGGGAUAAUAAACUGGAUCUUGGUUUGAGCCCACCAGAAUCCAAGGGCAUCUCCAGUUCAUGGGGCGCGAAAUUGGGCUUUGGUGGAGGAGGAUGGGGCUGGGGCGGAGGAGGGAAAAGUGAAACAGCACAGGCUCCAGCACCGGCACCGCCGCCGCCACCACAAGAAGGCAAGGUCGAAGAGAACCCCUGGGACAAGCCUAAAGAUAAAAUAGGAGGAAUUGAAGAAGAUGACGAUGGUUGGGGCUUUGGUGCCAAGAAAGAGAAAAAGAAUGCUUCCACGCUCUGGGGCGCUGAACCCGACGAGGGACCAAAAGAUGGUGACGAUCCUUGGGGUUGGAGUGGUCAAAAAAAGAAGGGCAAGGCUGGUGGCAUCCUGGAAGAACUUGCCCUCGAUUCUGAUACUGCACCUCCGAACGGAAAGAAGGAUAUUUGGGAUACUUGGGGAAUAUCCAAAAAAGACCGGGCCAAGAAGAAGGGAAUCAUGGAAGAAGUUGCUUUGGCAGCUGCACCUGAACCCCCUUCAAUGGAAGAUCAGUGGGGUGGCUGGUCUGGGAAAAAGGAACAUUCACAAAGUUCACUUUGGGGGGCUCAAGACUCAAUACCUGCACCUGCACCUGACCCCCCUUCGUUUGAAGACAAGGAUGGUGACGACUUUUGGAGUACUUUUGGCACUGGAAAGGCAAAACCUCCACCAGAGGAGACGAGUGGAUGGGGAUCAUGGGGUAUAGGAAAGAAAGGUGAGGAUGAAACAAGUGAGUCAAAUUUCUUUAAAGCUCAUCAAAUCCCAGAGCCGCCUAAGAAAGAAGACGACGGUUGGGAUCUAUGGGGAACAGGUAAGAAAAAGAAGAAAGCUGGCGACUUGAUUCAAAUAGAGGAUGAUAUUCCUUCUCCCGCCCCCGAUCCCGUCGAGGCUGUUGGCAACGACGACCUCCUCGAUUGUUGGGGUUUUGGCAAGAAGCCCAAGAAACCGGCCGUUGACCCGUUCGAUUUCAAAACUUCCGGCGCCGAUGAUCCUAACGAUGCUUUUUGGGGCUCAAUAGACAACAAGAAGCCUAAUGCACAUGAGUUUCUUAUCGAUGCUACUGGAGACCCAGAGCAAGCCGCCAGAGAAGCUGAAGAGCAAGCCGCCCGCGAAGCUGAGGAAGCCGAGGCAGCUCGUGAAGACGAAGAGAUUGCCAGUCUCUUGGACAAGAAAUCUAAAAGAGGAGGACGGCUCCUUAAGUCGGAUCGAGAACGUCUUGCUCUCCUCGAAGGGAAUGCCAACCGAAGAGCUGAAGCUCGAGCUACUCGCGAUGCUGAGAUGGCAGCGGCCGCUGAAGCUGCACAAGUGGCCGCUGACGCACAAGCGGCAGCUGACGCCGAAGCUGCCGCUUUACAGGCCGCGGAAGACGCUGAAGCCGCAAAGGAGAACGAGGAGCUUGCGACACUGUUGGCGAAGAAGCAGAAACGCAAUGGAAAGUUGCUGAAAAAGGAUCAAGAACGCCUUACUCUGCUCGAAGGGAAUAUCUCAAGGAGGGCCGAAGCUCAAGCAGCCCGGGAAGCUGAAGCUAUUUCCGCUGCUCCAGUUGCCCCGGCGGUACGUCUUAAUGAAUUUCUUGCUCAAGAGACAGACCAGGAUGGCUUUGCCACGGAAGCAGCUGCAGAAGCUGACACUGCACUUGCCACUGAAAUUGCGCAGGAAGAGGCGGAAAUGGAGAGCCUGCAGUCGAAGAAGGCGAAGAAAGGAAAACUUGUCAAAAAAGAGCAGGAACGGCUGAAUCUCUUGAUCAAUAAUGCAGCGAAACGAGCCGAGGAACAAGCAGCGAGAGAAGCAGAAGAACUGGCGGCGGCGGCAGCAGCCGAAGCCGAAGCCGCUGCCCAAGCUGCUGCAGACGCCGAAGCUGCAGUCCAAGCCGCCGCAGAAGCUGAAGCUGAAGUAGCUGCCAAGGAAGAGGAGGAAAUGGCGGUGCUGAAAGCCAAGAAAGCCAAGAAGGUCAAGCUAACAAAGAACGAAACGGCUCGACUAAUGACCUUGGUUGGCAACUCAGUAAAGCGAGCUCAGGAAAAAUCUACCAAAGAGGCCGAGGAAGCAGCCGCGGCGCAGGCUGCUAAGGAAGCCGAGGAGACUGCAGCCCGCGAAGCAGAUGCGCUGGCAGCACGUGAGGCUGAAGCGACCGCUGCCCGUGAAGCGGAGGCUGCAAUUGCUGCUGAAGAAGAGAAGGAACUUGCAGAUCUCACCGCUAAGAAGAUCAAGCGUGGCGGUAACCUGAUUAAGAAGAAGGAUGUGGAGCGCUUUGAAGUCCUCACUCAAAGGGCUGCCGAACGAGCCGAACGAGCAGCUAAGCAAGCUGAAACGAUUGCUGCUGUCGAAGCUCAAGGAGAGCUUGAAGAAACCACCCAUGGUAAUACGGAGGUGGUGGCAGAAGCUCAACCCGAACCAGAGCCUGAGCAACCGCUUGUGGACAUAGACGCAGCAUCUGCUGAUUCUGAUCCUGUCACAGCUCCUGACGCAGCUAUUAUAGCAGAGGAAGAAGCAGAGUUAGCCAGUCUAGACGCAAAGAAGACAAGGAAAGGCAAGCUUGGGAAAAAGGAUACAGAGCGGUACAACAUCCUCACAGAAAAUGCUGCGCAACGACUAGCUGCAAAAGAAGCAGAAGAAGUAGCUGCCGCAGCAGCAGCAGCAGCAGCAGCAGCGGAGGCUGAGGAGCAGGCUGCAAAAGAAGCCGAGGAAGCUGUAGCAGCUGCAGCAGAAGCAGAAGAAGCAGCUACAGCCGCAGCAGAAGCGGAAGCUAUAACAGCAAGCGAAGCUGAAGCUAUCCUGAUUGCUGAUGAAGAGGCAGAGCUUGCCACUCUUGCCGCUAAGAAAGCUAAAAGAGGGAAGCUUGUCAAGAAGGAUGCCGACCGUUUUAAUAUUCUCACAGAAAAUGCUGCACAGCGACAAGCCACCAAGGAAGCAGAAGAAGUAGCUGCCGCCGCUGCAGCAGCAGCGGAGGCUGAGGAGCAGGCUGCAAAGGAAGCAGAAGUCGCAGCAGCAGCUCGCGAAGCAGAGGAUGCAGCUGUUGCUGAGGAACAAGCCGAGCUGGCUGCAUUAACUACUAAGAAGGCUAAGAAGGGUAAGCUUGCAAAGAAAGACGCUGAUCGAUUUGCUGCUUUAUCGGAAAAUGCAGAAAGGCGAGCUCAAGAAAUAGCCCUGACUGCCCAGCAACUUGAAGAUCCUGCACCGGAGCCUGAGACAGGAGUUAACGAAGCUUCUCUUGAACCAGCCACAGAUGAGGUUUCUGCUGAGGCUAUUGACCCUGAUGCUAUUGCAUCUGCUGAAGCAGAAGCCGCUGCUAUUGCCGAUGAAGAAUCCGAACUUGCUGCUUUGAUUGCCAAGAAAGAGCGAAAGGGCAAGCUUGGGAAGAAAGAUACCGACCGCUAUAACCUCCUUACUGCCAAUAGCACGGCACGGGCAGAGAAAGCGGCUCAAGAAAAGGCAGCUGCCCAAGCAGCUGCUGAGGCUGAAGCAGCCGCACAAGCUGAAGCAGAGCAGGCAGCUGCAGCUGAGGCAGCUGCUGUUGAAGAGGCUGCAGCCAGAGAGGCAGCAGAGGCUGAAGCUCUCCUUAUUGCCGAAGAGGAGGAUGAAUUAGCUGCCCUAACUGCAAAGAAGAAUAGGAAGGGCAAACUUGGGAAAAAGGAUAGUGACCGAUUUGCUAUCCUGACCGAGAAUGCAACUCAACGAGCCGAGAAGGCUGCUGGGUCAGAAGUAAUGAAAGAGCCUGUUCUUGAAGUUGAAGAUCUCGCUACUGAAAUUCCUGCUGAUGCUGAAGAAGAUGCCGAAGCCGAUGCUGAAGCCGAUGCUGAAGCAGCCGAGGCGGCCGCUAUUGAGGCAGAAGCAGCUGCCAUUGCUGCUACUAUUGCUGCUGAAGAGGAAGAAGAGCUAGCUGCCUUAAUUGCUAAGAGAGACAGGAAGGGCAAACUUGGCAAAAAGGACAGCGAUAGAUUUGCUUUCCUCACUGAGAACGCCACCCAAAGAGCCAGACAUGCAGCACACGAAGAAGCCGCUGAGGAAGACCAAGAAGCCACUAUUGCCGAGUCUGUAGAUAUCAAUGAUCCCCCAGCUGAUAUCGAGGAUUUACUCUUCGAAAAUGCCCCGGAGCUACCAGUUGCUAAAAAAGAGUCAUCCUCUGAAGAAGAUGCUGCAGCAGCAGAGGCUAUGGCCUUAGUUGCUGAUGAGGAACAAGAAAUUGCAGACCUAGAGGCGAAGAAGGCAAGGAAAGGCAAGCUAGGCAAGAGGGAUAUGGAACGAUACACCCUCCUCAACGAAAACGCUACCAAGAGAGCUGAAGAGCAAGCAACUAAGGAAGCCGAGCUCACUGCUGCUGCUGAGGAAGAAGCGGUGGCGAGAGAGGCUGCUGAAUUUGAGGCUGCGGCAGUGAUCGCCCAAGAAGAAGAAGAGCUUGCUGCCCUAGAAGCAAAAAAGCAGAGAAAAGGAAAGUUGGGACGCAAAGAUACAGAUCGAUUUGACUAUCUUCUGGGAAACAAGGUUGCAAGGGAAGCACAGGUUGCUGAGGAACGAGCUGCCAAGGAAGCCGAAGAGCAAGCACUUCAAGAAGCUGCAGCUGCCGAAGCUGCCGCCGCUGCCGAGGCUGAGGAGAUAGCGGCAAGAGAGGCUGCUGAAGCCGAAGCUGCGGCUGUUGCUGACGCUGAGGACGAAGAACUGGCCAUCUUAGCAGCCAAGAAGGCCAAGAAGGGUAAACUAGGACGCAAGGAUACAGAGCGUUUUGAGCAGUUGUCCUCGAAUGCUGUGAAACGAGCCGAGCAACAAGCGGCCCGUGAGGUUGAGGCUGCCGCUGAGGAAGUCCCGGCCAUGGAAGAGCUACUUGACGAAGAAGAGCUUGAGGAACCAACCCUGGAGCCUGAAGAGACUGGUGAAGAUGCCCCUGAUGCCCCUGAUGCCCCGGUUCCUGAUAUUGAUGACGAAGCCGCUGCUGAGGCGGCUGCCAUAGCCGCAGAAGAAGAAGCAGAGCUUGCUUCUCUUGAAGCUAAGAAGGCACGGAAAGGAAGGCUCGGAAACAAGGAUACCCAGAGGUUCACAGUUUUAACAGAAAAUGUUUCAAGGCGCGCUGAAGAGCAGGCAGCAAAGGAGGCCGCCGCUCAAGCUCUGGCCCAUACUACCCCAGAAGAUGCUGCUGAAGAAGAAGAAGAGACUCCCGGCCAGGACGAUGCUGAAGCUGCCGCUAUCGAAGCCGAAGCCGCCGCUAUAGCUGCUACUAUUGCUGCUGAAGAAGAGGAGGAGCUCGCUGCCCUUACUCUUAAAAAGACGCGAAAGGGCAAACUUGGCAGAAAGGAUACAGAACGCUUUGAUUUGUUGAUGCAAAACGCAGCUAUACGCGCGGGAGAACGCGCUAUCAAGGAAACCGAACCUGACGGCCAGGCUGAAGAAUUGAUGCCUGACGGGGUUGAUGAUAUUCUUGAACCGGAGCCCGAGGAGAACCAUGAUGCAGAAGAGGUAGCUGCCCAGGAGGCAGCCAACGCUGAAGCAGCAGCUAUUGCUGCAGAGGAAGAGGCAGAACUUGCAGCAUUAAACAAGAAGAAAGCAAAGAAAGGCAAACUGGGUCGUUCUGAUACUGAGCGAUUUAAUAUCCUUGUCGAAAAUGCUGCAAAGCGUGCCGAAGCUGAGGCAGCCAAGGAAGCAGGGGAGGAUCUAGGAGACGUCCCCCGAGCUGAGGAAGAGGAGGACGAUGAAUUUGUCGAUGCUGAAGACGGCGAGGAAGACGAGUUGGCUGAGGAGCUAGAACCUGAAGCCGAGGAACUUGCUGAGCCUGAUCAUCAGGAAGAUGAAACGGCCAUAGCCGAAGCUAAGUUAGCUGAGGCGGCGGCACAAGCUGCCUUCAUCGCAGAAGAAGAGGCCGAGUUGGCUGCAUUGACGAAGAAGAGGCUUAAGAAAGGAAAAUUGGGCCGCAAAGAUACUGAAAGAUUCCAAGCGCUGACAGAGAAUUCUGCUAAACGUGCUGAGGAGGCGGCAAUCCGAGAUGCAAAAGACGCGGUGGCAGAGGCUGAAGCAGGGCUUGGUGAACCCGAACCCGAACCAGAAUCUGAAGCUGCUGAACCUGAGCCUGAAGAUAAUGGCCUGGAGGAGGCCGAGCGAGCGGUAAUCGUUGAGGAAGAGGCAGAACUGGCAACUUUAAUGAAAAAGAAGGCAAAGAAGGGAAAGCUUGGUCGGAAGGACACCGAGAGAUUUAUCGUCUUGACGGAACAUGCUACCCGCCGUGAACAGGAGCGAGCUGCUGUUGAGGCUGAGACUGAAGUCGUUCAGGAGGAGCCUGAUAUCGAAGGUGUGGGAGAGACCGGAAGAGUGGAGGAGGAGGAGGAGCCAGAGCCGGAGCCAGAGCCGGAGCCUCUAGAGAUACAAGACGAAGAAGCUGAAGAGGCAGCUAUUGCGAGGGAAGAGGAAGCCGAGCUCGAGGCCCUUAAAGCCAAGAAAGCAAGAAAGGGCAGGUUAGGCAGGAAGGAUAUUGAACGCUUUGCCAUAUUGGAGGAGAAUGUAGCAAGGCGCGCAGAAGAACGUGCUGCCGCUGAGGCUGCUAUGAUCCAUCCGCCUGAGGAAGACGAUGAAGGUGAGGAGGAAGGGGAAGGUGAAGAAGAAGAGGAAGACGGAGAGGAAGACGGAGAGGAAGAGCCUGAAGCAGACGAAGAAGAGUUGGCAAUCCAAGAAGCAGAGGAGACAGCAGCUCGGGAAGCAGAGGAGGCAGCUAUCGCUGAGGAAGAGGAGGAACUUGAGGCCCUACAAGCGAAGAAGUCAAGAAAGGGCAGACUGGGCCGAAAAGACACCGAGCGGCUUCGAGUCUUGGAGGAUAACGCAGCGAAACGCGCCGAAGAACGUGCCGCUAAGGAAACAGCAGCUGCGGAAGAAGACCUCGGAGCUGAUGAUGCUGAAGAGGAUGAGCAGGAAGAGGAAGAAGAAAAAGCAGACGAGGACAAGGAAGAGGAAGAGGAUAUCGAUAAUGGCGAAAUGAGCAAGGGGGGAGACGAUACUGAUGCUGAGGAGGCAGCCGCUAAAGAGGCGGCAGAAGCUGCAGCUCGUGAGGUGGUCACGAAAGAACUUGAGGAGCUUGACUCCCUCCAAUUCAAGAAAGCAAGAAAAGGUAGGCUCGGCAGAAAGGACACCGAACGACUAAGAGUUUUAGAGGAGAACGCUACCCAGCGUGCUGCAGAGUUAGCCGCGAAAGAAGAGGCUCCCGCAGCAGCAGAAGGUGAGGAAGCGGAUGUAGUUGAAUCCGGCAACUCUCCUGAAGAUGAGAAGUCGGACAUGGAAGCCGAGGACAACGAUGAGGAUCAAGAAGCGGACGCUGAAGUCACUGCGGAUAAAGAAUCGAGUGACGUCGAAAAUGAAGCUAUUCUCGAAGAUGAAGAGAAGGAACCAGAGGUACUCCCAAAGGACCACGUCCCGGAAGCCCCUGCAGAUGACGAGAUUGUUGAGGUCAUCGACUUAUCGCCAAAGAAAGAAAGGAAAAGUAGGAAGAGCAAAUCCCGUCGCGAUGCUCCUCCGCCUCCUCCAGUUCCAGAUCCUCCAUUGACGCCACCACCUGAGCCGAAGCAGUCUCGAAGACCCAAAAUUCAUCGCGAAGGAACUUCAUUUGGUCGGUGGGCUGCGACACCACAUGAAGAGAGGGAUGAGCCCCAAGAGAAGUCAACUAGACAUAGACGACGAGAGGAAAAGACGUCGUCUAAGGGUUCAUCAUCUGACAAAGUUGAGAAGACUCCAUCACGAUCUCGUGGCACUGCUUUGUUCAGUAAACCACCACUCACUCGUUCCGCUACCGUGCGCGAGAAAAAAGACGGCAUCAGCAGCAAACGUCGCCACUCUACUAAUGCUCGCGGACUUGUAUCGCCUCCUCCUGAAGAUGUGCUCAUGGGCGAGGAUGAAUUAAGCAAUCGCCGCAAGUCGCGUAAACCUCGAUCACGCGAAGAUGAAGAUGCAAUGAUGUCCGGCGCUGCUCCUGUGCCUGAUAGGUAUGAACGACGUCGUUCAGAUAAACCACGGUCGCAUGAGGACGAUGAUUUGGUUAUGGUAGAUCCCGAACUCGCGCCCGAUAGACGCGAGCGCCGCCGGUCUCACAAACCACGAUCACGCGAAGAGGAAGACGUUGCCGUGGUAGAUACCGAACGACGUCGGCGAGCCAAGAGAUCGAAGGAUGAAGAGCCCGUGAUGGUGGAGCCUGACGUUCCCUUUGACGCACCUCCGCGAAGUUCCAAGAAGUCCUCAGGUUUCGCUGGCCUCUUCAGUGGUUUGCGAACGCCGAAGACUGAACGACCUGACCCUCUGCGACGUCGCAGUACCUAUGCAACAACUGACGACGAGGCCUUACGUAGCGCCAAAAUGGAUGGUGAUGCAGUAUUAGUAGAUGCUGACCGCGAAGCAAGACGCGCUGCACGCAGGGCCAAGAGGGCUGCUGAAAGUGGUCCUGACCCCGAGGAAGCAGCGCGUCGAGCUCGAGAUGAGGCACGCCGUGAACGACGUCGACAGCGCGAGGAAGAGGCCGAUCCUCUAAGGCAAGACAAAGAAGCCCGCCGUGCUGAACGCAGACGACAGCGUGAUGAAGAUGCAAGACGAGCCCAGGAGGAGCGACAUGCGCAAGAAGAACAACAACGACUGCAAGAGGAAAAGGAGGCACAAAGAGCUGAACGUAGGCGCUUGCGUAGAGAACAGGAAGCAGCCGCAGCCGCAGAACAAGCCGAAGACGAAGAGGCUCGUCGAGCUGCCAAACGUGAACGCCGCCGCCGCGACACAAAGCGAGCUGCUCGAGGUGCUGAAGAGGAGGAAGGUCGUCAGCGACGAAGUCAGCAAUCUGCAGACGAAUAUAAUCAGCGGAGAUCCCAUCGUCGCGAAGAGAGGCCGCAGGCUCCAGCUUGGCCUCAUUCUGGAACUUCAUCAUGGGUCAAGGAACACUCCGAUGCGCCCCCUCCUCCUGACCUCGGUGACGGGGGUGAAGCAAAUGGUGGACAGACCGAGGAUGAGAUGGGAAGACGUGAAGCUCGUCGAGCUCAUCGAUCGAAAUACGAGGAAGAGCCCACAGAAGAGGCCGAAGAUCGGCGAAGGCGACGAGCAAGGCGAGACGAUCGUGAGCGCGGCGGUCGAGAUAGAGAACGUCACCGAGAUAGGCGCUCGGAAGGUAGUGACGAACGACAUCACAGCCGUCGAGCGCCAACCUUUAUGGAGGCAACAACAACAACACCUCGCACAAGUUGGUGGAAGAAGAUCGCUGGAUGA